AUGAUAUUUCGAUCUUUUCUAGUUAUAUCAGCAAAGCUUCAUGGUACGGUUGGAUUCUUUAGCAAACCUCCAGACGUUUAUGUUGAGCUGCUCGUCGAUUCAGCCACUUCCAAAAAAACUGCAGUGCGGAAAAAGACAAAUGCACCACAAUGGGAUGAGCAAAUGCAGGUUCGAGUAAAUGAAUCAUCAGUUCUUGAAUUUCGUGUAUUCGGGAAAUCAAAAUUGUUCGAGGAUUCAUUAAUCGGUCAAAAGAUUUUAAAAAUGUCUCAUGCACUCAAAAAAGAAUCAGAUAAUGGAAAAUUUGAUAAAACCAAAUUGGCUUUACAACUCUCUUCACCGAAGGACACGACAAAAGUAGGCGAAUUGAAAAUUCUAUUGUCAGGCACGGUUGAGCGUUUAAAAAAGAAGAAUGUAGGUAAUAACGAAGUGUUGAUUGAGAGAGAUUAUUUGAACUUAGGAGGGGAGUUAAUGCAAUUGCUGAAUGCAAGCAGCGCGCUUUCUAUUUGCGAUGAGAAAAGAAAUGUAAUGGUUGAAAGAGUUUGCAGAGAUGGUAGUCGUGGUGGGGAAGGACACGUCGGAGAAGCAUCUACAUCUUGUCCGAAUAAUAUGUCAAAUGGAGUUUCUAGUCCUGCUACCAUCACGAAGCUGUUUAGUUAUUAUUUAAUCGGAAUUGUUUUUAAGGAUUGGUCCAAUACAAAUAAUAACUUCAUGCUUGUUGUUUUAGGAAAGGGCAGGGAUACAAUGCUUUCACAACCUGCAAGUGGUUCACCAGUAGUUGAAGAUCCACUACCUGAGGGAUGGGAAUUACGUUAUGAUGCCUAUGGUCGAAAGUAUUAUGUUGACCAUACUACUAAGAGUACAACUUGGGAACGCCCAAGCACAACGCCAUUGCCAUCUGGCUGGGAGAUGAGACGUGAUCCUCGUGGUCGGGUUUAUUAUGUUGAUCACAAUACGAGAACAACAACAUGGCAAAGACCUACAGCUGAUAUGAUAGAAGCGCAUGAAUUAUGGCAAUCCAAUAGGGAUCAAGCUAUGCAUCAGUGGGAGCAAAGAUAUUUGUUACAGUCAAAUACAAUGGUAUCAAAUGAUGAUCCGAUGGGACCAUUACCAAAUGGCUGGGAGAAACGUGCUGAUCCAAAUACUGGACGGAUAUAUUUUGUUAACCAUGUCAACAGAACAACUCAAUGGGAAGAUCCCCGCACUCAAGGUGUUUCGGAUGAGCCUCUUCCAGAAGGAUGGGAAAUGAGAUUUACAGAGCAAGGAGUGCCUUUCUUCAUUGAUCACAACACAAAAUCGACAACUUAUAAUGAUCCUCGUACUGGAAAGCCUGUAGGACCACUGGGUGCCAAUGGGUUGCCUAUGAGCUUCGAAAGAACGUUUAGGUGGAAAAUUGCCCAAUUUCGUUAUCUCUGUUUGUCGAAUAGCAUCCCAAAUCAUGUGAAAAUCACUGUCUCACGGAACAGUCUGUUCGAAGAUUCAUACCAGGAGAUUAUGAGAAGGAAUCCUGUUGAUCUUCGAAGACGUCUUUAUAUACAGUUCCGAGGUGAAGAAGGUCUAGAUUAUGGUGGUGUAGCAAGGGAGUGGUUCUUUUUAUUAUCGCAUGAAGUGCUGAAUCCGAUGUAUUGCUUGUUCAUGUAUGCGGGAGCAAAUAAUUACAGUUUGCAGAUCAAUCCUGCUUCAUUUAUUAAUCCUGAUCAUUUAAAAUACUUUGAAUAUAUUGGACGAUUCAUUGCCAUGGCUCUGUUUCAUGGCAAAUUUAUCUACAGUGGAUUCACGAUGCCUUUUUAUAAAAAGAUGCUCAAAAAGAAGCUUACACUGAAGGAUCUGGAAAGCGUAGAUGCUGAAUUUUACAACAGCCUGAUGUGGAUCAAAGAAAACAAUGUUGAUGAAUGUGACAUGGAAUUAUAUUUUGUUGCAGAUUACGAAUUAUUGGGAGAAAUUCGCACACACGAACUGAAAGAAGGUGGUAGUGAGUUGAAGGUUUGCGAAGAAAAUAAAGAAGAGUAUAUUGAUUUAUUAAUGGAAUGGCGUUUCAAUCGUGGUAUUGAACAGCAGACGCGGGCAUUUUUCGAAGGUUUCAAUUCCGUUUUCCCUCUUGAAUGGUUGCAGUAUUUUGAUGAGCGCGAACUAGAACUAUUACUUUGCGGAAUGCAAGAUGUCGAUGUUGAUGACUGGCAACGGAAUACUGUAUAUAGGCAUUAUGCGCCACAAAGUAAACAGGUUUUAUGGUUCUGGCAGUUUGUGCGAUCACUAGAUCAGGAAAAGCGUUCGCGGUUAUUGCAGUUUGUAACUGGGACUUGUCGUGUACCUGUUGGCGGAUUUUCUGAGUUGAUUGGUUCAACAGGACCGCAGCUGUUCUGUAUUGAACGAGUUGGUAAAGAAAAUUGGUUACCACGAUCGCAUACGUGCUUUAAUAGGCUUGACCUGCCACCAUACAGGUCAUAUGAGCAGUUAGCUGAAAAGCUGAAUAGAGCUAUCGAUGAAACGGAAGGUUUUGGAAAUGAAUGA